GAGUCUGGGGAGAGUGAGAAGGUUUUAUUGUUAAUGGAGAGCGGCGUCCGGUUGCAUACAACUGUUUAUGUUCGGUACAACUAUUUGAAUGACUUGCGUUCCUUGGACCCAGAGUUAUAAUACCACCUUAUCUCUUUGAAGGAUUUGAAAAUUGUGUCGUAGACUCCGUUCCAGGGCUGCUGGCAGUGCAACUGAAGAAGCUUUGGACUGCCUACCCACAUCAGCUGCUUGUAUGAACAUUCUGAAACUCCAACCAUAUAGAAGGUUCUUCAACUUCUACCUAUCUUACUAUAAAUGAACGCUGGCCAUCAAAUGAGUAAAUGAAUAGGGAAAGCCGGCGCUUAUUGAUUUGAGAUUCCUCUUGGGAUAGAAACUGAAUUUCUGGCUGUGUUAGAACUUUCUUUGUAGGAAGUCAUGCUUGGUAAAUUCAGUCAUCUCCAGGUGCCCUAUCAUUUAUGCCAAUGGACAUUUUCUUUAAAUCAGUCACCACUAAGCUCUACAUAGAACCUCACACAUGCAAGAUGCACUUAAUUAACAAGGGGUUAAGUGCUGUCAAUUGAACAUUAUGGACCUGUUUUAGAAAGCUUACAGAACUUUCUAGUAGUUUCGACUCUGCUGGCCCUUCAAAUUUUGACAGAUUUUGACUUUCUCAAAAUAGUGGUGAGUUUGAUCUACGAUGCAAUCUCAAAUGUUUUUCACUGGUGAGUGGAUCACUCGGAAGCGAGUGAGUUUGAGAGGAAGGAGCCCCAAGGAGAUGGAUAGCGAUGCACUUAUUAAGAAAGCGCAGUUGGACCGCUGUCGCCGCCUCCAGUUGCGAAAGAAGUCUGCUGCAGCUCUCACAAUUCAGCUACAGAAAUGCUUCAGAGCAAGACGGGCAGUGAGAGCUGCACGGUCUUUAGUACGUGACCAGUUCUGUGGAACCUAUGGGAAACACUGCCAAAAUGUGGACAGGGAUUGCUUUGGCCCAGAUUCAGGGUUCCUCCGCCAGCUAUGUUUCUUUUUCAAUGCAAAAAAUACUGAUGACUUUUCAGUCCUCGUUGAGACAUGCCGAUUACUUCAGCAUUUUGCUCAAGAGAGUGUAGCUUAUCAUACAACAGGAAAUGUUGUGAGCCUCUUUGCAGGCACCAACUAUUCAUUGAAUCGUGCUUCAGCUGAAUACAGAGUGCAGCAGCUGGCAUUUGCUUGUGUGCAGGCUAUACAUCAGAACAGAAAUAAUUUGAAGGAUCAACUUUUAGCGACUUCCGAGGAGUAUAGCUUACCCACAACCAUCUUGCUUCAGGCAGUUCUAUUGUUGAUAGAUCCUGAACGUCCAUGGGCUUCUAAAGUGGUUGAUUGUCUCAUUCAGAGAAAUCUAUUGACUCUACUUGGAGAAAUUAUUCUUGCAGUUAAGGCAAGUACAAAGGGACAUGGUUCAAAUGGAACGCAAUCUUUAGUGGAGGCUGUGCUUACCCGUAUAGCAUCCCAUAUUGCCCAAAAGCUAGUUACUUCUCGAGAUACUGGUGCAGAAUUGAGUUUCUGUUUCUCAUCACAGAUUCUUACAGUGCCCUUCUUAUGGCAGCUUUUCCCAUACUUGAAAGAUUUCGUGUCUACGAGACUAAGUCAGCAUUACAUUAGUCAGAUGGCAUUAUUUGCGCAAAAUCAUGCCAAUAAGCUACCAAGUGAUGUAGCAACUGAGUUUCCUGGUUGUGCCUAUGUUCUUGGUAACGUUUUAGAGAUUGCGGCUCUUGCUUUAGAUCAGUGUGAUUGUUCGGUUGAAAAGGUUCUAGAACUUGUGGCUUUUGCAACGUUGUUGGAGGAUCUUCCUCCUAGAGAAUCCAGAAGAGAAGAAAAAGGAGGAAGCAGAGAAAGUUCUACAUUGGAUGGGGAUGAAAUAAUUCCUGGUGAUGAAGUAACAGUAGGAGUUCUGCAUAGCAAUUUGAAAGAGCAGAUAAACAAUGCCAUAUAUUCAUGCUUUCUUCUGCAAUUGAAUAAGGUGUUAUCUAAAGGGCCAUCUUUCAUCCAUGGUUCAGAAAAUGAAGGACCAGAUGAUGACAAAAAGCUGCAAAUUGUUGCUGCUGCUUGUGCUUUUCUUCAUGCCACUUUCAACACUAAACCCCCUGAGCAAAUCGUGAAUGUACUAGCGUCUAGAAGAAAUGACCUUGUUCUAGAGCUUUGGAAUUUUGUGAAGUGGUGUUAUGACAAUCGUAACUGUUUGACAUUCUUGCCAUUGCAAUUUUCACAUUUGUUGGGGAAUACACCUUGGUGGCUAUUGCCUCUGGCUGUUUUCUGUCCUGUCUACAGGUACAUGCUUAUGAUAGUUGAUGAUGAGGAGUUUUAUGAGCAGGAGAAGCCACUAUCAUUGGAAGAUGUCAAAUGUCUAAUUGAGAUUCUGACACACGCUUUGUGGCAGCUCCUAUGGGAAAAUCCUACAGCUCAGCCUAAUCCAGCAAAGUCUGCCUCUGAUUCUUCUUUACUUAAGAGGCAACCUGUUGAAAUCAUUCAAAUUAGGAUUACCACUGUAGUCUCUGAGCUCCAUGCGCAGUUACAAGAUUGGAACAACAGAAGUGAGUUUACUUCCCCUAGUGAUUUCCAUGUUAACGUUGGUGACUGCUUUAUUUCUCAGGCUGCAAUAGAAGGUACACAAGAACAUGACAUAUUGAAUCAAGCUCCUUUCUUAAUUCCAUUCACUAGCAGAUUCAAAAUAUUCACUGCACAACUAGCAGUAGUUAAGCAACGGCAUAGGGCAUGUAGUACUGGAAAUCGGUUUAGGAUUCGCCGGAAUCAUAUUUGGGAAGAUGCUUGUAAUCAGAUGAGUGCAUUGUCUGAAGAGAAUCUACAAGGAUUGAUUCAUAUAACUUUUGUCAAUAUUUUUGGAGUUGAGGAGCCUGGCAUUGAUGAGGGUGGAAUUUUCAAAGAUUUUAUGGACAACAUCACUCGGGUUGCAUUUGAUGUGCAGUAUGGGUUGUUUAAGGAGACAGCUGAUCACCUUCUCUAUCCGAGUCCUGGAUCUGGAAUGAUACAUGACCAACACCUCCAAUUUUACCACAUCCUAGGAACUCUACUAGCAAAGGCCAUGUUUGAAGAGAUUCGUGUAGAUUUACCAUUUGCUACAUUCUUCUUGAGUAAAUUGAAACAGAAGUACAACUAUUUGAACGACUUGUCUUCCUUGGACCGAGAGUUUUAUGACAACAUUAUCUCUUUGAAGAACAAUAAUGAAAGGAACAUUUCUGAGUUAGGGCUCGACUUCACAAUUGUGAAUAAUGAGUAUGGAGAGCAAGCUGAAGAGGAACUGGUUCCAGGAGGGAAAAACCUACGUGUUACUGAAGAUAAUUUUAUUGAAUAUAUUUAUCUUGUAUCUAACCACCGUCUCAAUAUUCAGAUACAAAAACAGAGUUCUCAUUUCCUUAGGGGAUUUCUGCAGCUCAUGCAGAGAAAUUGGAUCAAUAUGUUUAGCGAGGAUGAAUUGCAGCUUCUGAUAUCAGGUUCAUCUCAAAGCUUGGAUGUUGAUGACCUUCAACGCCACACCAAUUAUACAAGUGGCUAUCAUAGUGAGCACCAUGUUAUCAAGAUGUUUUGGGAAGUCCUUAAAAGCUUUUCACUGGAAGAUAAGAAGAAAUUUUUGAAGUUUGUGACUGGUUCCUCUCGAGGCCCUCUGCUUGGAUUCAAAUAUCUCGAAUCCGAAUUUACCAUACAGAGGGCUGCUGGCAGUGCAACUGAAGAAGUUUUGGACCGAUUACCCACAGCACGCACUUGUUUUAACCGUCUGGAGCUCCCACCAUAUAGAAGCAAAGAGGACCUGGAAAAAAAACUGCUGUACGCCAUAAAUGCUGAAGCUGGUUUUGAUUUGGGCUGAUGGACCUGUCUUACACGCAGCAGCAGCAAGCCGCGCUAUUUGUGACUAAUUGAAUUCACACA